CGUCUCGUGGGCAGCAUGUUCCUCGCCCUGCUCAUGGGCCUCGCGGGCGCCUGUUUCUGGGAGUCUCUGCUGCUCGUGCUGGUGCUUUGCUUCGUCGUGGUGUUCCUGGGCCUUGCGAUCCUUGCAGCCUUUCUGCUGCUGGUCCAGACGCUCAUCCUCGCCGCGCUGCUCGGGGCCUCCGUGGUGAUGCGGACGCCGUCUUGCUACGUGGUGGAGCUGGUCCUGCGUAUUGGGGGCUUCGCGGUCCGUGUCGCGGGGGUGAUGAAGCGCUUCCUCGCCCUGUGCCUGGGCCUCGUGGGCGCGUGUUCAAGGGCGUUCUUGCAGCGGGUGCGGCUCCUCGACCAGGUCGUGACGAUCUUCCUGGUCCUGCUGGUUCGGCGGAUCUUCCUGGAGGCGCGGUUCUUCGGCAAUUUCGUGGCGAACUACCUGGUCCGUCGGAUCUUCUUGGUCUUCCUGGUCGUCAGGUGCUUCCCGUUCCCGCGGAUCUUUUCGGAGGCCCUGCUACGCUUCCUAGUGCGGAUCUUCGACCAGUUCGUGGCGAACUUCUUGGUCCUGCGGUUCCCCCUUGUGGUUCGGAUCCUCUUGACGUUCAUAGGUGUGCGGAUAUCCUUCCUUGUCCUGCGGAUCUUCGUGGUCGUGCUGAUCCUUUCGGAGACCUGGCGGGUCUUCCUGGAGGUGCGGUUCUCCGACCCCUUCGUGGCGAUCUUCCUGGUCAUGUGGAUCUUCAUG